GGAAAAUCUAUUGCUAAAUAGGUGAUUUUUGUGAACUCUGAAAAUGAGUAACUAAAAGUCAGGAUCCUGUUAUUUACUUGCUUUGUAUGUAACUGAGUCCAACAUGGUUCUGGUUGCACGAGAUGGUCUAAACAGGAGGUGGAUGGGAGAGAUGCUGGUGGAGGUGGUGUCUGAGACAGCUAUAAAUCUUCUGCAAAAUCAUCAAAUAGUGGGGCAAAAUGACUGUAUGUUAAGGAAGGAUAGCUUCUGCCUGAAUGUCUUACGGAUGAAAAUGAGUACAUAGAGAAUAGAAAAGUGCUUUGAGUAGUAAAUGACACUGCUCGCGUAUGUUCAUCACUUUGCUGUUCUCUUCUCUGUGGUGCCAGUUUGUAACAGUUCCAUCAGCGUUAUUGCUACAGGAGCCGGAUCUGCACAUCCUCCAGAGUCAACGUGUGAGUUGCUUUUGCCAGAGGUGAUAGAUAAAGGCAGUUGUUACGACACCGGACUCGUGUCACCUGAGUUGGUGGAGUGCUGAGAUUGCUUACAAUUAGCAGAGCAAAGCCGAUCUUAGUGCUGGCACAGACCUCGUGGGCAGGUACUGCUGAUGGGUUGUUGUGCAGGGGCUGAAGUGCGUUUCAAUUUGCUGCCGCGUUUUUGAUGGCGGUGAGUGCCCAGACUGCUGCUGGAUUGCGUUUGUGUGAGAACUUCUUACCAGCCUCGUUAGAAUCCUGAAUGUGAAGGAGUGAACAAAACAUAUUGGGGUGAUGGAUUUCCUUUUUGGCAUUUACAUUACAUUUCUUUUCACCAACAAUAGCAUAUCUUUAAUGUUUCUCUGACAUUAAGUCUUUUGUGUAUGUACCAGUAUCUCCCUGUGUAGUAAUAACUUGCAGAAGAAAAGGGGAUGCAUAAAAUCACGUGAAAAGCAGUUACAGGAAAGAAUUUGGUUAUUUGCUGCUGUGGGAGUGGAUUACUGAGCGUUAUUCCUGCGUGAAGAUGUGCUGUCAGAACAGCCCAUCACAGUGCUGCUGUUGGGAGCCCUGCAGCUGAUGCUCAGUGCUGCUGCUGGGGAUCCCCAUGUCCUGCUGCUCAGUGCUGCUGCAGCUUGGGGGCCAUGGAGGGGCUGGGAGAUGCAGGCUUUGGGGGCUUCCCUUCCUCUGCUUGGUGACUCUAGGAAAAUGAGGCAGUUCUUUGUGCUUCACUAAGGUACAUGUAGAACAGCACUAACUGGGAGUACGCUUGUUGGAGGCUGCUGAGAAGUGUUUGCAAACGUUCCAAGUCAGUCAGAGAACGGAAGGAUCUGAUCCAGCAGUUUUCUGCUCAGUUGGCAAUGUGUUCAAUUCAGUGAGAAGUGUUUCAUUUUGUUUUCAUUCUUUUCAUUUUCCAUUGUUGCUGUGAAAUAAAUUCCUACUUAAACUAGUUUUCUUCCAAAAAAUACAUCUCUCAAGGUCGUUAUUUUUUAUUCAGAGUCUUAGGGUUUUCAGAAUAGGACAUUUGUCUUGCUGAUCUUUUGGUUAAAAUGAAGUCGGCUCUUCUGUUGCAGCGAGGUGCAGCCAUAGGCAGCAGCAGAACUGUGCUGCAGGCAGCUUUCUCUUGGGUGUUACACACAUCUAUUCUGCCUGUUUAACUUAAGUGAUUGUAAGUCCAUUAAAUGAAUGACAUGAAAAAAAAUCACCAAUUCAAACUAGUGAGAUGAUGCUUAAAUGUUUGGAUGGUGAUGUGGAAUGAAAGCCAUUCGUUUUUACAGAUGCAGCAGGUGGUCUCUGCCAGCUGUGAUGUCUGCAGGUCUGCGCAGGCAGGAUUGGGCUCCUGCUUCCAGGCACCCUUCAGUGCUCAGCCGGCAGCGAGAGACUCGGGAGGUGUGUAUCCGAAACGUGGAUGUUCAGGAUAACAUGUCCAAUGCGUCGGAAGAAAGAAGCACUAGACAACAGGACAUUAAGAAAGGACUUCAGUUUAUAGAAUCUACUUUGCCCUACCCAGGGACACAAGAACAAUAUGAGCUAUUUAUACGAGAACUUGUUAGAAAUCUUUUUAAUGAAGGGAACGAUGUGUAUCGAGAAGGUGAUUGGAGGGGCUCGCUGAAUCACUAUUCAGAAGCUAUAAACAUAGCAGAUUAUGCUAAUUCUGAAGAAAUCCAUGUGUCUGAUGAUAUUUUAGAGAAGCUACAUGUAAACAGGAUAGCAUGUUUUUCAAAUAUGGGACUGCAUGAAAAGGUUUUAGAAGACUGUGAGAUAGCAUUAAGGUUAAAUGAAAAUAAUUUUAGAGCACUCUAUCGGAAAGCAAAAGCACUGAACGAGCUGGGAAGGUAUAAGACAGCUUAUGAUGCUGUAGCAAAAUGUUCUCUUGCUGUGCCACAGGAUGAAAGUGUGAUUAAGCUUACUCAAGAACUAGCUCAAAAAUUAGGAUUAAAAAUAAGGAAAGCAUAUGUAAGAGCAAAGCCGCCCUCGAAUUCUGUUUCUAGUGAUAUAUCAACUCAGAAUUCUUCUUCUGUAGAAGAUAUUGAGUUAGAUUUAUCUGACCAGAAGCAAGAUACGGUUUCUUCUGCUUCUUCAUCAGCCUUUGUUUCUGAAUUGUCUAAAGUGGCAUCAGUACCCAUAUCGUCUUUAUCUUCUGUUAUGUCUCUUCAAGUGGAAAAAGCUUCUUUGCCUUCUGCAACGUUGGCAAACGGAGGAAAUGUUUCUUUCUCUAUGCCAGAAGCAUGUUUGGAUUGUGGAGAUGGAGAUAUAAUUAUUGGUGAAGAACUUGAUGAGUUACUUGAUUCUGUGCCUGAUCCAGAUGAAAGCAUAAUGCAAACUACAGGUGCCAGGGGACCUAUUCCUGCAGGAAGUGUGGCUCCCAGUGUGCCCUUCUCUGCUUCUUUGCUGGGGACGUUGCCCGUCAGUACAGGAUUUGUUCCUACUCCCUCUCUUUCAGAAAUCUUUUCACAGCCUUUGGCUUCUUCACUGGAAAAUUUCUGUUCACCAUUAAGCACCUUUUCAAUCAGUGACCCAAAAAGAGACCUUUCAAGUUCAGCUUCUAGAGAUGGAACACCAACACUUAGCAGCAAUAACUCUCCGUUGUUUAUAAAUGGCCCUAGUAGUUUGUUUGGGUCUGAAAAUUACAUGGGAAUUUCAGGUCAAACUAGAAAUGACUUCUCAAAUGUUUUUAGCAGUGCAACUGCUAAUAUACCUGUAUCUUCAGCACUUGCGGGAAGAAACCCACUAGAAGGCACACAUGAGCUAAGACAGGCCUGCCAGUUAUGUUUUGUUAAAAAAGGUCCUAAAUUACUGGAUUAUGCUUACCACCCUAAUUUAGAACAUAAAUGUAAGAAGGAUAUUCUAAUUGGUAGAAUAAAAAAUUCUGAAGAUAAAUCAUGGAAAAAAAUACGUCCAAGACCAACAAAAACACAAUAUGUGGGACCAUAUUAUAUAUGUAAAGAUGUUGCUGCUGAAGAGGAAUGCCGAUAUCCAGGGCACUGCACGUUUGCCUAUUGCCAGGAGGAGAUAGAUGUGUGGACACUGGAGCGCAAAGGAGCUUUUAGUCGAGAAGCUCUUUUUGGAGGGAAUGGAAAGAUCAACUUCACCGUGUCACGACUUCUUCAAGAACAUCAUGGAUUCUUUAUGUUUCUUUGUGAGAAAUGUUUUGAUCAUAAACCCAGAAUAAUAAGCAAAAGGAACAAGGAUAAUUCAUCUUCUUGUUCUCACCCUGCUAUGCAUGACUUCGAAGAUAACAAGUGCCUUGUCCACAUUUUGCGAGAAACUAUGGUGAAGUAUUCCAAAAUUCGCCCUUUCCAAGUUCGGUGUCAGCUUGACCUGUGCAGACACGAGGUACACUAUGGCUGCUUAAGAGAGGAUAAAUGCUUUUAUGCUCACAGUCUGGUAGAGCUUAAAGUCUGGAUAAUGCAAAAAGAAACAGGUAUUUCACAUGACACUAUUGUUCAAGAAUCAAAGAAAUACUGGCAGAACAUGGAAGCUAGUGCACACGGGUCACAGAUCCUUGGGAACCAAAUGAAAUAUGGAUCACUUAAUUUGAAGAUGAAGUUUGUUUGUGGUCAGUGCUGGAGGAAUGGUCAAGUUAAUGAGCCAGACAGAAACAGAAAAUACUGCAGUGCAAAGGCAAGACACCCGUGGACCAAAGAUCGCCGCGUGGUGCUUGUAAUGUCUAACGAGCGCAAGAAGUGGAUGACCAUUCGUCCCCUUCCUGCAAAGAAACAAGUGCCUCUGCAGUUUGAUUUGUGCAAUCAUAUUGCUUCAGGCAAGAAAUGUCAGUAUGAUGGAAACUGCUCAUUUGCUCACAGUCCUGAGGAGAGAGAGAUGUGGACAUACAUGAAGGAGAACAGCAUUCAAGACUUGGAGCAGUUGUAUGACAUAUGGCUAAAAAGUCAAAAACCAGAAAAAGGAGAUGAUACAGCUGCUCAGGCAAAUAAAGAAAAUGGGAAGCAAAUUCACAUGCCAACUGAUUAUGCUGAAGUAACAGUGGAUUUCCACUGUUGGAUGUGUGGGAAGAACUGUAAUAGUGAGAAACAGUGGCAGGGUCACAUUUCUUCUGAAAAGCAUAAAGAGAAGGUUUUCCACACAGAAGAUGAUCAGAACUGCUGGCAGUAUCGCUUUCCAACCGGAUGUUUUAGUAUUUGUGAUAGAUAUAUGGCUGGUACUUGCACUGAGGGAAACAACUGUAAAUUUGCCCAUGGAAAUGCUGAACUCCAUGAGUGGGAAGAACGAAGACAAGUUUUAAGAAUGAAGCUCAGCAAAGCAAGAAAAGACCACCUGAUUGCUCCCAGUGAUAAUGACUUUGGAAAAUAUAGUUUUUUGUUUAAAGGUUUAGACUAAUACUGAGAUGACACAUACACGUUGCCAGCUGGAAGCAUAAACCAGAACAAUUGACAAUAAUCAAAAGCAUGUGACAGAAAAGCUGCAGGUUUUCUGCUUUUAUUGGCAUAUAUUGUUCCUCCUGAACAGCAAAAUAUAGUAGAUUUAGGGGAAUUGAGUGGACCUGUCUGUGCUGUCAUGAAGCAGAGCGGUGAAUAAAAAAAUCUGAAGUAUUAUGUGCUUUCUCACCUCCUGUUGGACAGAAAGUUAGGGAAUAGAAGGAGGAGAGAGGUUGUAAUGUCUAGGAAGCCCCCUAGCGUCAGUCCUUCAGCUGAAAAACUUCACGGUAUCAAGGUAUUACAAAGCAGAGUGUUACGGGCUAAGAAAAUGAUGGAUGAAUAUUCUUCAGAUCUUGUAAUGGAGACGAUUUGUUUAAAACAAAGUUUGCUACUUAUCUAUAUGUAGGUUGCUAAAAAGGAUUUUCUUAUUAAAGAUUUUAAACAAAAUAACCAUUUAACUACAAUAUAUGUUGAAUGGGUAUUUUUUCUCUAUUUGUAUGUUUCAAUAUAAUUUACUGAAAAAGGAUCGUGGGAGGAAAAACGUAUUCAUUUUUGAAAAUGAAGUAGUUGAAAUUGUUUCUUGGUCUUUGCUGUUUAAAUGACGAUUUUGAAAGAUUACACUUGUAUGUCAGUAUUGUGUAUUAUUGUAUGGACUAAUGUUGCCUGUAAUAAAGAGAACUUUACACAAA